AUGGGGUCGUGUCCCCUGCCACCUCCUCUCUCCCUCUCUCCCCGAACCAGCCCGCCCCCAAAGGCUGCUGCCCCUGCUGUCCCCUCUCCUCUACCCCACUUGUCGGCCUCUCCUGCCCCUGCUGAACCUCCUGUUGCUGGCUGUGCUGUCCUCUCUCCUCUCCCCCACCAACCUGCCCCUCCUGCCUUUGCUGGCCAUGCUCCUGCCCCCACUGACCCUCCUGCUGUCGCCCCUGUUGACCCUCCUGCUGCUGACCCUUUUGUUGCUGCUCUUGCUGUCCUCUCUCCUCUCCCCUACUGGCCUGCCCCUCCUGCCCCUGCUGGCCCUCCUGCUGUCGUCGCUGCUGUUGCUGUCUCCUCUCCUCCUCCCAGCCAGCCUGCCCCUGCUGACCCUCACGCCGCUGCCCUAGCUGAUCCUCCUGUUGCUGCCCGUGCUGACCCUCCUGCUGCCGCCCCUGUUGACCAUGCUGACCUUCCUGGUGCUGCCGCUGUUGCCCUCUCUCCUCUCCCAUACAAACCUGCUGCUGCCCCUGCUGGCCCCGCUGCUGUUGCUGCCGCCGCUGCUGCUGCUGCUGCUGCCGCUGCCCCAGCCCCUCCUGCCCCUGCUGGCCCCGCUGCUGCUGUCCUUGCUGUCCCCUCUCCUCACCCCUACGGGUCUGCCCCUCCUGCCCACGCUGGCCUAGCUGCUGCUGCUGCGGCUGCCGCUGCUGCUGCUGCUGCUGCUGCUGCCGCCGCUGCUGCUGUCCCCCCUCCUCUCCCCCACUAG